AUGUCUCCCUCUCGUCACAAUUGUACUGCCUCCCUCCCAACCGUCUCCCUGCCAUUGCCAUUGCCCGUCAGCUACAAUGUCUCCCUCUCGUCACAAUUGUACUGCCUCCCUCCCAACCGUCUCCCUGCCAUUGCCAUUGCCCGUCAGCUACAAUGUCUCCCUCUCGUCACAAUUGUACUGCCUCCCUCCCAACCGUCUCCCUGCCAUUGCCAUUGCCCGUCAGCUACAAUGUCUCCCUCUCGUCACAAUUGUACUGCCUCCCUCCCAACCGUCUCCCUGCCAUUGCCAUUGCCCGUCAGCUACAAUGUCUCCCUCUCGUCACAAUUGUACUGCCUCCCUCCCAACCGUCUCCCUGCCAUUGCCAUUGCCCGUCAGCUACAAUGUCUCCCUCUCGUCACAAUUGUACUGCCUCCCUCCCAACCGUCUCCCUGCCAUUGCCAUUGCCCGUCAGCUACUUUAGCCGCAUGGCCUAAGGCCCUACACUCUCUGCCUGCCACUGCUCUGCCUGCCAAUGCUCUGCCUGCCACUGCUCUGCCUGCCACUGCUCUGCUCUCCCUACCCUUCGCUCUGCCUGAUUUUCAUGCCUCCUGCCUCCUGCCACUGCUCUGUCCGCGCAGCUGGUUGGACAACAACAAGAUUGAAGGCUCUCUGCCGACUGGCCUCUGGUUGGACAACAACAAGAUUGAAGGCUCUCUGCCGACUGGCCUGUGCUCGCUGCCCCUGCUGUGGCGCUUCAACAACUACCUCUAUGGACCCCUGCCAGACUGCCUCUUUGACAAGUGCAUCAACCAAAUUGAUGUGAGCGGCAACAGCCUGUAUGGGCGCAUCAACCGCGAUUUCAAGCACAUGGUGGCGAACAGCGGCGCCCUCGUCAACCUGGCUCGCAACUUCUUCUUUGGGGAAGCCGUGCUCUUUGCUGCUGGCUGCAAGGUCUGCCCCACCGAGGUCAGCGAGCCCAACAGCCUCGGCCUCAAAGACACCUCCAACUGGCGAGUCUCUGACGGCAAUUGCAACAAUGCACUACCCUCUUACCUACUACAAGACUACGCCGUGACAGGGGCCGGGCUGAAGCUGAGGGUGAGUCUGUCGGGCAACUGCCUGACGCUCAGCCCAAGCACAGAGUGCUCGGUCAACGCCACCCAGCGCAGCACGGCAGCCUGCCAGGCGUUCUGCAGCAUCACGGACAACGGCCCGUGUGACGGCCAUGGGGUGUGUGUGCCGGCUGACCCCACCUCUGCAGCAGCAUCACGGACAGCCUCCCCCUCCAACUUCACGUGCCUCUGCGAUGCCGGCUACUCCACUCUCGACUCAGGCAACGGCUCCACAUGCGCCAUUGUCAACUCCACCACCACCACUGGUAACCUUUGCUUCAUUCUUAUGAAACUGCCUAGGCUUUCAGCACCGCCUCAGCCUGGCAGCAUUGCCCAUUCUUACGCGCUGCACCAAUACCCAUGUCAGCUGGCUUUUCUCCUACACACCUUUUCACUCCUUGCCUCACCUCGACACCUUCGUCUAACCACCGCCCCGAUUCCCGUAACCUCCCAUUCGUUGGCAGUGUCGUCGCUAUCCACGGGUGCCAUAGUGGGCAUUACUCUAGGCUGCUUUGCUGGCUUCAUUUUGCUGGCUUUUGUGGUCACAUGGCUGCUGUGGCCCCGUGGACCAAGUGAGCUCUUCAUCCCUUCUUCAGUUCCAUUCAUUUCCGUCUCCCCUAUUGCUGUGCCUUUUUUCUGGCCUCCUUCCCUCCCCAGCUCUGCCAUUAUUACUGCAUUUCAGCUCUGCCUCUUCGUUGCUCCCAUAUUCUGUCUACUCAUUUACUCCCCUGGUCGUUCAUCCCCCUUGUCCUCAUGUGUGCGCAGAGAAGUGGGAGGGUUGGAUGUGUGUGAGCAGUUCUCGCUGCAGCAGAUGCUUAAGGCCACCAACAACUGGUCGGAGGACAAUGUGCUGGGCAAGGGAGGCUUCGACAUUGUCUACAAAGGCCGCUCGUCACAUGGCCAGCUGUGGGCCAUCAAGCGCUCCACCAUCAUGACCAACGACUUUGAAACGGAGGUGCGAACCAUGGCGUCUCUCCACCACACACACCUCGUGCGCCUGCUGGGCUUCUGCCUGGACCAGAACGUGGAGACGGGCAAGCAGGAGCAGAUUCUGGUGUACGAGUUUAUAGGCAACCGGGACCUAGAGUACCAUAUCCAUGCAACCAAGCGUCCGCUGUCGCUGCGCCAGAGGUUGCGCCUAGCACAGGGAGCAGCAGAGGGCCUGGCGUACCUGCAUGGGUUUGACACACCCAUCGUUCAUCGCGACAUCAAGCCAGCCAACAUCCUUGUGACUGGAGACAUGCAAGCCAAGGUGGCUGACUUUGGGUUGCUCAAACGCCUCACUCACGGCGAUGCUGAUGCCACGCGAGUGGCCGGCACUCCGGGAUAUGUGGAUCCGGAUUACAACCGCACCAACGUCAUCACAGCCAAGAGUGACGUGUUCAGCUUUGGAAUCGUGCUUCUUGAGUUGCUGAGUGGAAAGCCGCCACGAGCAAUGAAGAGGGUGGAGGCGUAUGAUCUGGAGGAGCUGAGGGACAGCAAGAUGCCAGUGGUCAGUGAGGAGGCAAUAGUCGACUUUGCAGAUCUGGCUCUAGACUGCAUCAAGUCUCCCGGCACACGGCGACCCACCAUGAAGGAUGUGGCAUGCCGCCUCAGCGCCCUCAUUGCCAAGCACUGUCCCGACAGGGAGGACGAGUGGGAGAGUGUUGCGAAGGAAGAGAGUGAAGGCAACGAGGGUAUAUCUUCAAGGGAUGUUUCUGCUGCGUCGUUUGAGAGCAGUGGGAGGGAGGCUGAAAGGUCUCAUGGCUCACAUUCUAAUGUGAGCUCGUUCAUGCGUGUUGGCUCGAUAGGUGAUGGCCUAUGGAGUUGGCUACAGUUGAAGUCAACCAAAGGGCGUUAA